UGUAACCAUGGAGAGCUAGCUAACACAAACUCAGAACCUAUUUAGCAACCAUCCUCAACCAACACAGAAAAAUGUUGUUAAUUGUAUUGUUUUGUCAGAUGUUAGACAACAAAAUCUACGCGAGUUAGUUAGCCGUGGUAUUCAUCUGAAGUUGGCGUCCAUAAUGUUGCGUUACUGCCUUUUAGUCUACGUCAGUAGCGCUUCCCUGUGAGUUCAGUGCGACAUGAUAGAAUAGAAAUGUGUCGAGCCUCACUUUUCUGUUUUAACAUCAUUUGUGCGGCUCCACUGACCAAGAGAACAAAUCAGAAAAGUGGUUUGAGGUAACGAGCAUCGUAAAAAGCUUUCGUACCUUGGUAAGUGAGAAGCAAAAAGUCUCAGUUGUGUCGCAUUCAUCUCUUCAGACUCGUCGAAAUGAUCCUCUCUCGUGUGAAACCAGCGGUGGGAGGAGAAAAUACAGGGAGCAUAAGUGAGAAAAAGAAGAAAAACAAAGCAAAGGUUCCCCGCCUGGAGGAUUACAUACAACAGAGGGACUAUCUUGGGGCCCUGACACUGCUGGAGUUUCAGAGAAGUAUUGGAGAGAAAGAGCAGCAUGCAGACCUUUGGAUUGGUUACUGCGCCUUUCACUUGGGUGAUCACAAGAGAGCGAUGGAGGAGUACAAGUCUCUGACCAGUAACCCUGAAUGUCCCACCGAAGUGUGGGUGUUUUUAGCCUGUGCCAUGUUUUUUCUGGGGCUCUAUAAAGAGGCUGAGGAGGCUGCGUCUAAAGCUCCAGUGUCCCCCCUCCAAAACCGGCUCCUCUUCCACUUGGCUCACAAGUUCAACGAUGAGAAGAGGCUGAUGGGAUUCCAUCAGAACCUGGAGGAUGUGACCGAGGACCAGCUGAGCCUGGCGUCCAUCCACUACAUGCGUUCCCACUACCAGGAGGCUAUAGACAUCUACAAACGGCUUCUGCUGCAGAACAGGGACUUCCUGGCCCUGAAAGUGUAUGUGGCUCUGUGUUACUAUAAGCUGGAUUACUAUGACGUGUCCCAGGAGGUGCUGGCUGUGUACCUGCAGAGCAUCCCUGACUCCACUAUCGCUCUUAACCUCAAGGCCUGCAACCACUUCAGACUCUACAAUGGCAAGGCAGCAGAGGCGGAGUUAAAGAACCUAAUCGACAUAUCCUCCUGCUCCUUUGAGUUCGCUAAGGAGCUUAUCCGACACAACCUGGUGGUGUUUCGUGGUGGGGAGGGGGCGUUGCAGGUCCUGCCACCUUUGAUCGAUGUGAUUCCUGAGGCCAGACUAAACCUGGUCAUCUACUAUCUAAGACAAGAUGAUGUUCAAGAAGCUUACAACCUCAUCCAAGAUUUGGUGCCCACUACACCACAGGAGUAUAUUUUGAAAGGAGUGGUAAAUGCUUCAUUGGGACAAGAAAUUGGAUCAAGAGAUCACCUAAAAAUUGCACAGCAGUUCUUUCAGUUGGUCGGGGGCUCGGCCAGUGAAUGCGACACUAUUCCUGGCAGGCAGUGCAUGGCCUCCUGCUUCUUCCUCUUGAGGCAGUUUGAAGAUGUGCUCAUAUAUCUAAACUCAGUCAAGGGUUACUUCUAUAAUGACGAUACCUUCAACUUCAACUAUGCACAGGCUAAAGCUGCCCUUGGCAACUAUAAAGAAGCUGAAGAGAUUUUUCUGCUAAUUCAGAGUGAAAAGACCAAGAACGACUAUGUUUACCUCAGCUGGCUGGCACGAUGCUACAUAAUGAACCAGAAGGGUCAACUUGCCUGGGAGCUCUACCUGAAGAUGGGCACUUCCUCAGAUUCCUUCAGUCUGUUGCAGCUCAUUGCCAACGACUGCUAUAAGAUGGGCCAGUUCUUCUAUGCAGCCAAAGCGUUCGAUGCACUUGAAAAGCUGGACCCAGAAUCCAACUACUGGGAGGGCAAGAGAGGAGCGUGUGUGGGAGUCUUUCAGCUCAUCCUGGCAAACAAGGAGCCCAAGGAGACACUUAAAAAGGUGGUGCCCUUGCUACGAAAUUCAGGAAACCCUCAGGUUGAAUACAUCAUCCGAGCUAUGAGGAAGUGGGCCAAAGACAACAGAGUCCUCCUCUCGUAAUGAUCCUUCAUCACUAUAUUCACCACACUGUAUAUAUAUAUAUAUAUAUAUAUAUAUACAUAUAGCCACAUCAGUUAUGCAGAAAUCAGUAGUGAUCAAAGUGUAUGUGUUCGUAAGAUAAGACCAUACCAGCUAAACAAACAUGAGACUGUGUACACUGUACAUCAUUCAUAAAUGAACCAGAGCAUCAGAUACACAGUGUAAAGUCCUUUAGGUUAUUGCACAGAAAUGUAAAUCUAUCUAUGCCACAUGAAGAAAAAUGGAGCUCUGUUAUCUCUGUUUUUGAAAGUUUUGUAAUUGCAAUUCUCUACAUACUUGUAUAUUUGUAUUAAAAUGUGACAAUAUGCAAUUUCA